UAUCCCUGUCAUAUUCAUUAUCCUUAUUCAUAUUCAUUAUCCUUAUUCAUAUUCAAUAUGGCACACUCGUUAAGAUCCAAAUCCAAGUUACAGGCCAAGUCCAUCAAACGUAAGAAUGAAUUUUCUAAAUACGCCGAAGAAAGAACUAAUAGAUUACAAAAAAAAUUAGAAGAACACGAUAAGGAACAAGGGAAACCAAAAGAAGAUGGUGGAAUGGAUUUAGAUAAUAAAAAAGUGUCUACCCAUGGAUGGAGAGACUCCAGAUCCCAGAUCUAUAAGAAAUUGAAGCAUAAAAAGGGUAAAAAAGCCAAAACUAUGAAAUUUUAAGUAAUUCA